UUGAGCGGGAGCUACCUCAGCAAGAGGUCGACCGCCGGGGGGCUGGCGGGGAGGGCAGCGGCAACCAGCGGCAAAGCGUGUGCUACUGCCGAUAGACUGCCCCAUGUCGGUUGCUUGCCCGCCCGGCCCUUUCAUUACACAUAGGUUGCAUAGCACAUAUCCAGCUAACUCUCAGCUGUAAACAAUGGGGGCGCUGCUUGUCUAGUUCUAUACUUGAAGAGCUGACAGACUGUUGCUCGGCUCCGCUUCAAUAGGUGCACCUUGGAGACUACAAAGUAGUUCACACGCCCAAUAUUACUUUGCAUAACACUGGCACGAAUCUAGGCUGAGCUGUCUGCGUUGUAACGAUCCGCGACAACAUGACCGGGCCCGGAGACAGCGAGGUGAUGGCCUCGCCGUUGGCCGUCGUCAGCACCUUCUGGCGCGAGUUUGACUUGGAGGGUAUGCGGCCGAAGCUGGAUGAAAUUGGUCUCAAGGUUGCGGAGCACCAGGAGGAAUCGAUGCAGAACAGACGCAAGCUGGCAGAGUCCACGCGCGAAUUCAAAAAGAACAACGAAGCUGUGAGCAAAACAGUCGGUCCGUUGCUCAAACAGUACCAGGAGGAGAUCGACCGGCUCACCAAGCGCGCCAAACAUGGCGAGACCGCUUACCUGGACCUGUACCAGAAGCUCUUCGAGGCGCCCGACCCCGCGCCCGCGCUGGCUCUCGCUUUCGAGCACGCCUCGCGAGCGACGGAGCUGGAGGCGCAGUGUAAGAAGCUGGCGACAGAGCUGGCGGAGUACAAGGCGGAGUCGGCACAAAUCAAGAACCAGGACCUCACGGUCCGCAAGCUCGAGGAGAAGGUCCGGGCGCUGGAGGCGCAGGUGGAGGAGCGCGACAAAGAACUGCAGGAGGUGCGUGUGCGCGCUGUGGCGGAGGCGGACGCGGCGCGGGUGGCGGCGAUGCAGAGCCGCGAGGAGGAGCUGGAGGCCAUGCUGUCGCAGGCGCAGGCCAGCCUGCUGGCGAUGCAGAAGCUGUACACGGGCGCGGAGAACCAGCUGUUCGCCAUCCAGUCCCAGUCCGAGGACGAGCAGGCGGGGAGGCAGGCGGAGCUGGAGCUGGCGUCGGCAGAGCUGGAGCGGGCGCAGGAGCGGCUGGCGGCGCUGGAGCGCGAGCGAGAGACGCUGGUGGCGAAGCUGCAGCACCCCGACCCGCACCCGCACACCUCAGCCGGCGGCGCGGGGCCGGGAGGGUCGCGGGGCGGCGGCGCCGCGGGCGGCGGCGUGGGUGUGGGCAUUGAGGACACGCUGCGUCAGGAGCUAGGGCUGCAGCGGGAGCUGGCGUCGCGGCUGCGGAGCGAGCUGGCCGCGGUGCGCUCCGAGGCGGAUGAGUCGCAGCAGAUGGCGGAGGCGCGGCUGGAGGGACUCAAGGCCACACUGGCGGCCACGGAGCAGCACGCGGCGGCGCUGGAGGCGGAGCUGGCGGCCAGGCCCACCGCGGCGCAGAUGGAGGAGUUGCGGCAGCAGCUGCGGGUGCUGCAGGCCAUCGGCUACAGCCUGGACGUGGACACGGAGGCGGAGGCGGCAGUAGCAGGGGGAGGGGCGGGAGGGGCAGGGGGAGAGGCGGCGGCGCGAGGCGGCGGUGGCGCGUCGUCGUCGGGCGCCGCAGGCGCUCUGGGCUCGGCGGGCAGCCUGGAGGCGAUGCUGCUGUCCAAGAACCGACACCUGGAGCACGAGUUGACCAUGGUGAAGCUGCGGCUGGUGGACGUGCGCACGGAGGCAGACGCGGCGGCGACACACGCGGCGGAGCUGGAGGCGCAGCUGGCGGAGCAGGUGUCGCUGGUGAGGCAGCUGGAGGAGGACCUGCUGGCCAGCCGGAGGGCCGCGGGGGGAGGAGGCGGAGGAGGAGGCGGCGGGGGCGGCAUGGCGGGCAGCAGCUCGUCGGCAAAUGUGGAGGGCCUGGUGUCGGCGGCCAGUGGCGACGUGGACGACAGCGGGGACGCAAGCAUGGUGCGGGUGCUGUGCGCCCAGCGCGACCGCUUCCGCGCGCGCUGCCACGACCUGGAGGAGGAGCUGGGCCGCCUGCGCGCCGAGCUGGCGGCGGUCAAGAGCGCGGCGGCGGCCGCCAAGGCCGACAACAUAGCGCUGGUGGAGCGGCUGAGGUACGUGCACUCCCGCACGGCGCCCAGCGGCUCCAGCCCCAGCGGCGCAGCGGCGGCCGCCGCCGGCGGCCGGGCCGGUGGCGGCGGCGGCGGCGGUCGUGACGUGGAGUCUGCUGCGGGCGCGGAGGCGGAGCGGCGCUACGGGCGGCUGUACGACGAGGGCAUAAACCCCUUCAAGGAGUUCAAGGAGCAGCAGAAGGAGCGCCAGAAGAGCGCCAUGGGACUGGUGGACAAGGCCAUGUUCGGCCUUUCGCAGCUGGUGUACGGCAACAGCGCGGCGCGGCUGUUCGCCUUCUUCUACCUGGCGCUCAUGCACGGCCUGGUGUUCGCCAGCCUGCUGCGCAUGACGCACGCCUCCUCGCAGGCGCUGUACAGCCACACGCAGUCGGUGUUGGACAACCGGCACGACACCACCGCCGCCAUGCACCACGAAGAGCUGGAUGCAGCGGGGGAGGUGGUGGGGGUGAACCCGCUCACGCAGGGCAAGCUGCCCUGAGGCGGGCUCGGGGGUGAGAGGACAGAGGCGGUGGGGUUGGGGACGGAGAGGUAGGCAGAGCCGCCGCGAGGUAAGGCUGUUGGUGUUGCUGGCAAGGGCGGUGUUUAAAUGGAACAGCGAUGCCAGUGGGGGGGAAUGGGGCUGGUGCUGCAGCCCUUGGGGAUGUGUAGAGGUGCGCGUGUGCGCGGAAGGAAGUUUGGAGAGGCAGGGCACGUCGUGGGAGGGCGACGCGUACUGGAGAGAGGCGGCAAGGAGGACGGACACUAGAACGGACGGACACUAGAAAGGACGGGGUCGGCCCACGGAGGGAUGCCAGUAAAGCGCGGACGCCUGUAGAGUGUAGACUCUGUCUGUCCAUCAGA